UGUGUUCAUGCAUACAAAGAGAGUAACGAAGCCUGAGUAAGCAAGUUAAGAGCAAUAAAAAACAAAGGCAGAGAUGACAAUUGAGAUUGAGGAAGCAAGCAGCCAUGAGGCACUUCCCCUCCUCUCACUGAAUCAUGUAUCAUUGUUGUGCAGAUCAGUGUGGGCUUCAGCAAGGUUUUAUGAGCAUGUUUUGGGCUUUGUUCACAUCAAACGCCCCUCUUCUUUCAAUUUCAACGGAGCUUGGUUGUACAAUUAUGGCAUUGGCAUACAUUUGAUUGAGAACCCAUCAAUUGAUGAGUUUGACACCAUCGUCGAACCGCGUCCGAUUAAUCCCAAGGAUAAUCAUAUGUCCUUCCAAUGUACUGAUGUUGGCCUUGUUAAGAGGAAGCUGCAAGAAAUGGGAAUGAGGUAUGUGACAGCAGUGGUGGAAGAAGAUGGGAUCAAGGUGGAUCAGGUGUUCUUUCAUGACCCAGAUGGGUACAUGGUUGAAAUCUGCAACUGUGACAACAUCCCAAUCCUUCCUCUGUCAUCCUGCCCAUUCAAGCCAAGAACGGGAAGUUUCAAGAAAGCAACACCAAGUAACUGUGGAUUCAUGGAGAAUGUGAUGAUGGAGAGCUUGAGCAUGGAUAUGAUGAACAUCUCAUUUUGAGUUGCAAAAGGAGUGAUCACUGAUCACAAGUUCAACUGGUUUUUGUCUGUUCAAAAAUAUUAUUCUUAUUUUGCAAAUGUAUUUUAUUGUAGGUCCUGAAUGUUAAAGGGUCUAGUGUCUUGGGUGAUGAUGAGUGAGUAUUUUGGUUAUUUGGUACUUAAUGUGUAAUAAUUAAAACUGUCAGAUUGAACAAUAUGUAAUCUGUCUGUGAAAAAACUGAGCCAAGAUGUGGCUUUUGCAUUUGGAAGUGCAUAUAUAUGUUGUAAUCAAAAGUUUUUUCAAUGAAAAUUCCUGCAAUCUGUUCUGUA